AGUGAAUCACGUGUCAUUUGGUCAUGUGACAUUUGAUUUGGAACAAGCUUUAAGUGUAUGUUGCAUUAAGAACAAGUAUAAGGCUGUUUACUAUGCCUCUAUAAGUUCUAUUAUUUGUUAGAGAUAAGUGCAUUAAAAUAAAUGACAAAUUGUAUAUCUCUUGUCAAAGUUCAAAGCAAAUUGCUUCAGAUAAGAUAGCCUAUAUGACAAUAAAACAGUAUUUUCUGCUGCUCCUUAGAACUUAGUUAAAAAAUGUCUGGUCACAUUUCAAAAUUCUGCAAAGCUGCAAUAAAGCACAGGAAACAUUAUUCAACGGACUCGUUUCUACUUUCUAAGCCAUUGAUAGAGUUUAGAGAAAAAGCUCGAGAAGUUGUUGCAAAGAAAAUAGCUCCUUUAGCUGAUAAGGCUGACAAGGAGGGAAAAUUUUCCGAAGGACACUUCGAAAUCCUAGGAAAGGAGGGCCUAUUAGACGUCAAAGUCCCCAAGAAGUAUGGUGGUUUAGGCCUAGGAAACAUAGGCAGUACUUUACUCACCGAAGAGAUUGCCUAUGGAUGUGGAGCAACAGCAACAUCAGUUUCUGGACAUACCUCCCUCUAUACGGGUACCUUAGUCACUUUUGGUAGUGAAAAACAAAUUCUUAAAUAUAUUAAGCCCCAUUUAUCCGGAAAAUAUGUUGGUUCAUUCUCUCUAAGUGAACCAGAGAAUGGCAGUGAUGCUGGAGGUUUAAAAACAACUGCAAAAUUAGAAGGAGAUAAUUGGAUUCUGAACGGUAGUAAAAUGUGGAUCACCAACGGGAAUUUACCAGGCGGAAUGAUCCUUAUUGCUACUACUGAUAGAAGUAAACAACAUAAGGGAAUUAACUCUUUUAUAGUCCCAAAACCUUUAGAAAACGCUACGGUUCAUAGAUUAGAAGAUAAACUUGGAAUGAGAGCAAGUCCUACUUGUCAAAUAACUUUUGAAAAUGCUCGAAUUCCUGCUGAAAAUAUCAUUGGGAAACCCGGAGAUGGUUUCAAAAUUGCUAUGACCUCUCUUAAUUCAGCUAGAUUGGGAGCGGCUUCAAUUGGAUUAGGGACUUCACGACACUCUAUAGACUUAGCUCUUAAAUAUUUAAGAAGAAACAAAAUUCAUCCAAUUACUACCGCAGACUGUACAACUAGUUCACUUAAACUUGCAGAAAUGGAGUGUAGAGCUCAGGCCGCACGACUAAUGAUUUACACUGCUGCCAAACUCUUGGAUGAAAAUCAUCCAGAAGCAACUAAAUAUUGUGCAAUGGCUAAAGUAAUGGGUUCAGAAACAGGUACUUUCUGUGCUCAUCAAGCUAUGCAAAUCUUAGGUAACGAGGGUUAUCUGGCUGAAAAUAAAGUUGAAAGACUAUAUCGUGACAAUAGAGUUACUGAAAUCUACGAUGGAACAAGUGAAAUACAAAGGCUAGUAAUUGCUAAAAGUUUCGACGAACCUUCUAAAUUGACCUAGCCUUAUUCUUACAUUUAAUUUUUCAUGAAAUGAAUAUGCAUAGCAAAUUAAAGAAAGUUUUUAAUAAAAUGUUUGAUUGAUCAGACUAUUCGGAG